AAAUUGUUUGUUAAUAAUGUCGUUAUUCUCAAAUACUAACAUGAGUCAUGUCUUUACUUAUAAUUAGAACAAGCUUUAUAUUGGGAACAUCAGAAGUCCCACAAUCAAUAUGAGGGCAGUUCUUUCUGUAAUUGAAACACCGAUUUCCUCAAAUACUAAUCAUUUUCAUAAAUAGAUUCCAGCAACUGAUGAUGUUGAGUUCAAACUAAGUCGCUACUUUGAUGAAGGAGCUGAUUUUAUUCAUAAUCAUCUGAAAUAUGGUAAUGUUUUAGUUCAUUGUUAUGCUGGGAUAUCCAGAUCUGCAUCUCUGGUGAUUGCUUAUUUAAUUAAAUAUCACAAUUACACUACCUUAACUGCAAUUAAAUUUUUAUAGAAAUCUAGACCAAUAAUUGAACCAAAUGAUGGUAUGUGUUUUUCACAUAUUUAGGAUUUAUUGCUUAACUGAAAGAUUAUGAAAACAGAGGCAAAACUGUGAGAUCAUAUUUAACUAAAGAAUCAAAACAAGAAACAAAAACUGAGAUUAAACCCUAUCAUCGAUCAGUUAAAUCUUUUCUAUCCCCAAGAAUGAAAACUUUGUUUUGAAUGUCC